GGCCGCCGGGAGGGAAGGGGAAGGGGAAGGGCUCUGCGAAAUGGCGGCGACCGCCAGGGGGCUGAUGGUGGCGGCGGGGCGGCGGCUGAGCUGCGGCUGGGGCCGGGGCCUGGUGUCGGUGCCGCGGCGGCUCUUCUGGGGCGCCCGCAGGGAGGAGGAAAAAGAAGUAGAAGCAGGAGCAGAUGCAAUCAUUGAAGAGAAGACUGAACCCAGUGUGAUCUGUCCCCCACCACGCAGCAGAAAUUAUGUUCCUCCAGAGGAUAUACAGAGCUUACUCGAGUCUCAUGUCAGGAAGAUUUUCGGACCCUCGCUUCCUGAUCAGUGGCAGCAGGCGUCCCUAAAAGAAAACAAGCUAAAGUUUCGGCUCCUGGCUCAGCUGGCAGCAGAACUUGGUCAUGCUGUCCCCAAUUCACAGCUCCACCUGAUGUGCAGUGCCCAGGAUGUCUUGACUUUCUAUAGCACUCCUGUGAAGGAGGGGUCCAAGUUUGAUGAACUGCGUGCCUCAGAGCUACCCCCAAACCUGAAGAUUUCUUGGGAGCAGUGAGUGCUGCUGUGAAGCACUGCUUUGUUUUGGUUGUGCUCUUAAGGCAGAAUUGCAGAGCUGAAACAGCCCUCUCACUGUGAUAUCAACCAAGUAUAUGAGUAUCACCAAUAAAAGUUCAUCUAGUUGUC